AUGGGAGGAUCACAGUCCAAACCUGUUACUAUAGACAUCAGUAAACAUUCUGGAAGUGGAGGACAAGUCAAAAAUGAUGGUAGAGGAUACUUCUACAAUAGUGGUAGUGGAAGAGUUAAUCUUACGGAUGACUGGUACCCUGACCCAGAAGGAAUUUACAGGAAGUUUACUCAUAGACCAAGGGAUGGUUGUACAAUAGGUGAUAUUAAGAAGGGAGGAACAUCUCAGAAUGGAUUUUUUGAUAACCUUUCACAAUAUUCCAGUGUCUCAGUAUACUAUUGGUCUCAGGAUCAUUCCUGUACUAGGCCACUCCUAAUUCAAUUCGGAAAUGGAGAUGAAUAUUAUACCACUAAUGGUAGAGGUACUUGGAAUAAUCCUGGAGGUAUUACUACUACUCUCAGGUCAAAGUUGGAUGGACAGAACUGUGGAAGGAACAAGGCUCACAUUAUAAAUAUUACAGAGAAGGGUGGUGGUACUCCUUACCGAUGUUCCAGUUGUAAAGCAAGUCUCCGCGUAUACAACGGCGGUGACUACUACGGACAUUCGGGUUCUAGAUCAUUCUCUGGCUUUACAAAUGCUAGCACUUGGCAAACCGGACUUCCAUCUCUAAACAACGUUGGCACUAUCAAGGUCUACUGGAAUAGCUUUGGCGAUGUAAAGCCUAUCGUAAUCGCUCAACAACCUCAUGCUGGAGGUUCGUAUAGAUGGUUCAGAAGAAAUGGUGGUAAUGUGAAUUCCUGGAUUGAGGUCUCUGAUGAACCUAGAACUAAAACUGGUACUUCUGCUACUGUUUCUACUCCUAAUCUCCAUCUGGAUCUCUCUAAACCGUCUGGAACAUACAGUGUUGGAAACACUAAUAUAAAGAUGGCUGUGCUAAGAAGUCACGUAGGUGGUGGUUAUUACAGAUACCAGUAUUCCCUGAGAGGUAGUCUUUUUAAUGUCAAGAGUGUCAUGCAUGGUCAAAUCACUCUUAUUGCUGGUGUAUCCUCUCAAGGCACUCUAAUUAGCGUAACAGCCUACUAUCUAGGAGACAGUCCCAAUCUGUCUAAUCUUGUCCUUGUUGAACUGAGAUCAAGUAGUGGAGGUACCACAUACCAGUACUUUUACAGAGUUCAGAAGGAUGGAACUGAUUGGUCUCCCUAUCCCGGACCUGGACAAGGAACUACUAGACUACAGGGAGAACUUCUCGAGCAAGCCCUGGAUACUCUUAAGAAGGUACAAUUCCCUGCUGAACAGACUGAUUCACAGAGCAUUGGUCAGCAGAUAGCCGAGUUUUUUCAAAAAACAUCUGUUUACGAAUUUGCGGACUGCGGAAGCUUGAUGUCACUGGAAAAUUUUGAAGAGCCAAUCCCUCAGUUUCCCAAGGAAGUCGUUAGAUGUAUCACCAAAGACAUUGUUUCGGCACUUGACUAUUUAUCAGGGAUAGGGGUUGCACAUCGCGAUGUGAAGCCAGAUAAUAUCUUUAUGACUAGCGAUGGACGUUUUAAAUUAGGGGAUUUUGGGGAAUCAUGCCUAAUGGAAGAUGGAAAAGUAAAAGGUUCCAAGGGUUCGCUGUACUUUGUGGCGCCAGAGGCGUUUUCUCUAGACUCUGAAUCAAUGCUGGAUGGCAGUGCAUUGGACAUGUGGGCACUUGGAAUAACAAUUUUAAUGCUCUAUUUUUCAAAGUUCCCGUUCAAAAAUCCGUCUAGUGCAGUUAUGAAACUCUUUGAUGAGAUACAAGAAUUUAGUGUAAAGGAAAGGGUAGAAGAAUUGAAAAGGGACAAUAUUGUGGAGGACGAUUUUGUAGAUUUUAUAUGUCGCAUACUGGACAAGGAUCCAAAAAAUAGAAUCAAACCGGACCGAGCAUUGGAUAAGAGAGGAGACAAGCCUAAAAGUCCACAAGGAAAAUGUAGACAUGGUUUUAAUGCAUCAUGGAGAAAUGUCUACAAUGAAAUUAGGGAUCCACAUUACAAAGUGUGCCAUCAUAAGAGUGACAUAACUAUUAUCAGUCGCCUAACAUAUAGUGGAAUUGAGCUUAAAGAUGUAGAAAAUGGAAAGGAACUCACCAGUAAACACAAUACAAUCACCGAGGUGUUUACUUACUACAGUUACAAGUAUGACGAAGAUGAUAAGGAAAUAAAGAGACCUUUAGCCUUAAGACUUAAAGAACGUAAUGGAAGAGCAUACUUGUAUUAUAAUGCGGAUGCAGAUAAAGAUGAAAAUAAAGGGCAUAAAGGAGAUCCUUUAAAUACAAAAUGGGAGGAGAUCAAAGGUGGAAAUAAGUUUUACGAUGGACAUGGUGAGCCAAAAGGUAAUGCUCUUAGAGAGAAGCUAGAUCAUCUCACUUGUAAACUCCACAAGCUUAACAUCGUUGAUAUUUUUAAUACUGAUAGGCAUAACUCUAAUUACUCUUGCAAAGCUUGUAGCAAGUAUAGUGUCACUGUCUCUAAAGAUAAAAUUUUUGAAGAAUAUACCAAGUACGAACACAAAUAUACUUCUAAGCCAAACUCCGUUAGAUACGAUGGCACCAUUCUUGAAUGGGAAGAUGAUGGAAAGUAUACUCCUAUUCCACUUGGAGCCAGCGAGAUCAGUCAUCUCACGGUAUAUUAUUGGGAUAAAGACAAGAAUCAUACAAAGCCUCUUGUGAUGGAAGUAGCUGUUGGAUAUAUGCCUGUUCCGGUAGGUAAUGAUGGAAAGGAAUAUAACAACAAGUGGACUAUAAUGAAAUCUGAAGAUUUAGAAGGAUCUGUAUCUGAGGAACAGCUUCAAGAACAAAAAUGCAAACUUUUCAAACCAGUGGUCAUAGAUGUUUCUCAGACCAAAGAGUAUGAUAAUCCAUACUGUGAAAAUAAAAAAUGUAGGGAAGGAUGUCCUGAGAACGUAGAAGUCAAUGAUUGUAAGGAGUUUGUACCAUUUGGAUAUAUUGCCAGACGGCAUAUUUAUAGAAAAUCAGAAGGAAAUUUUACAAUCACAGGCUUCACUAAUGGACCUCCAGGUAGCGGUCUAGGCGAGAAAGAUUUUCCAAUAUUUGAUGCAGAAAGAGUAAUCGUUUAUCUUUCUCAGUGUGGUGAUACUGAAAUACCCCUCCUGGUCUAUGUGGGCAGUAAUGGUGAAAAUGGAAAGACUCAGGUUAAUAAGUGGUACAGUAGGAGUAGUGUAGAUAAAAAUGACUGGAAAGAGGAAGAUGGACUGGGGAGUGAUCCUCCUGAUACAGCUGGUAAUCUUGAAAUUAUUCUCAAAGGUAUUAAGAGUGAGCUAAAACUUAACUGUACAGGAGAAAAGCCUGCUACACCACAAGUAACAGUAACACGUUCUGAAACAGAUCCUGAAGUAGGACAAGACCAAGAAGCAGUUGAGGAGGAGGGGGAAGGUGCUGUUGCCACAAGGAAACUUCUUGAACUGGUUAAGGAUCUUAUUCCUACUAAUGUGGCCCAACUUGAACCUAAUAAAGAUAGUAGAGAUGAUGGAGAUGACCAGGUUCCUGAUACAGAGUCUGAGACCAAGAUUCUUCUACAAGGCACUCCUGUUGUUAAUCAUGGUGUAAUUGGCACUGGACAACCUCCUCCUGCUGUUGUUAGCGAUAAUAGUGCAUCUGCAGUAGAAGGCCUUAGUAAAACAGUAUGGAAAACUGUUAGUGGCACCGUUGGUCCCCUUAUCGAUCUUGGAGUAGAUGUAGCUGCUAAACUUGGACCUGUUGCCUUAAAUGCGGUUGGAACAUAUGCUGCGGAGAAACUGGUUGAGAAUCUUCUUGAUAGUUCCACUGUUAAGGCUGUAGCUCCUUCAAUACCUGUUAUUGAUAGUGAUAGAGAAGUUGGAGCUGCUGGAGCCCCUGUUUUUAUUUCUGCACCUUUAUACUUUCCAGGUGGUAGAAUCUCUGGUUCUAGUGCUACUCCUAGACUUAUAGUUGGUCAUUCUAAACAUUCCCCCUUACCUGGUCCAUUUGGUGGUUCUAGAGGACAUAUUCCUGCCGGUUAUUUUGGUGGUACUACCCAAUUCUUAUCUGGACUAAAUGGUGAUCUUGCUACUUCUACUGUUGUUAGUAAUGUUGCUGGCCCUCCUGCUCUUAAUCCUCAACAACUUAAACAAGAAUCUGAAGCUCAACUUCAACAAUCCUCAGUCUCUGGUCCUGGAACUCCUUCUCAAGGCUCUUCUGAAGACCAUCCUCAAGAUAUUAUUAAGAUAUCUCUCUCUGUAACUACGGGUAUUCUUGGUACUUCAGCCUUGGCUUGUUUUGCAGGAUUCAAAUACUAUAGGAGCUAUAGAGGAGAUCCAUGGGUUAGACAGAUUUGA